AUGCAUCUUAUAUUUAACGAUGAUGAUGAUUCUUUUUGCGUGUCGAUAUUGAGACAAUACCGUCAAAAGAUUUUUAGGUUAAAACAAAUAAUGAAUUUAUUAAGUUGUUUGGUGUUGAUUUUUUCUAUUGUGGAAAGCCAAGCAUUGGCCAAUUAUCGAAAUAUUGAAAGUUGUUUAGGUCAAAAUGACAACCGAAAUCCAGUUAUAAUCGAUACUGAUGCUGAUGUUGAUGAUUUAUGGGCGAUACUUUACUUAAUUAAAGUUCCGACAGUUAAUAUUCUUGCAAUAACAACUGUUGGCGACGGAUACAGUUCUCCAUUCUUUUCUACAUCAAAUAUUCUCAGUUUUCUUGGUUUGAUCAAUUGUUCAUACGGUAUUCCAGUUGCGAGCGGACAAAGUGUACCAAUGAUGUCAUCAGGGUGGAACAUCGAUCCAAAAAUUUUAAAUUCUAUCGACACAUAUUUAACAUCACCGACUUGCCUCAAUCAGAGUGUGGAUAUUUUUUUACAACCAUCACCAUUCGAAGCAGUUGAAUUGAUUAUAUUUACACUGAAAUAUUCCUCGAAACCUGUUGACAUUUUAGUACUUGGACCUAUGACUAAUAUUGCCGAGGCAAUCAUUCGUGAUCGAUCAAUUGUACCAAAAAUUGGCACAAUCUAUAUAUCGGGUGGUCAAUUUAAAGAAUACCAUGUUUUUGGUCGAACGACAUUUGGUCGACGAAGUUUUGUCGACAAAGUUGUCCAGUUGCGUAAUGUAUACACACCCGAGCAGAAUCUCGAUGAUUUUCAAACGCUAUACUUUGUAUUCAACUAUGUGGAUUAUGAUCUGAAUGUAAUUAUCAGAUGUUAUCGUAGGAAAUUUCCAGAAGAUCGAAUAAAAUAUUUUAUUUAUUCACUACUUCGUAUUUUAAAGUUCAUUCAUUCAGCUGGUAUUUCUCAUCGAAAUUUAAAACCGGAGAAUAUUGGUUUUAAUCGAAAUUCAAAUAUUACAAUCUACGAUUUCGGUACAACUCAUAAUCCAUUUUAUGAUAAAUUGGUUUCUCGUGAUAGCAGAUGGUGGCUCUCACCAGAGGUAUUCCUCGGCGAUAAACGUUAUGGUGACAAAGUCGAUAUAUGGUCAGUUGGCUGCAUCAUGGGAGAAUUCAUUCUAGGUCAGUCACUUUUCUGUGGUGAUGAUUCUCUUGAUCAGUUCGACCAAAUAUUUGACAUCAUCGGUACACCGGACUUGGCCAUAUUGAACGAUUAUAAGAUCUCUGAAAUAACGUCUUACAUCCGGCGAUUACCGGUGAGACCAAGAAUAGAUUAUAAUGAAUGGUUUGGAUAUAGGUGCAGCCCGACACAACAAAAAUUAACAUUUGGUAUAUCACCUGAAGAUUUUCUCGAUAGUCUUCUAACUUUUGAUUAUCGUAUGCGUCCAACUGUAGAAGAAGCAUUGAUGCAUCCCUAUCUGAAAGAGUAUCAUAAUCCUGCGAAAGAACCUACUGCAGAGUUAUUUUUGGAUGAAAAUGUCGAUGAAGACUAUGAAAUCGACACAUGGAAAAGUUUAAUAUGGAAAAUGGUACAAGAAUUUGAACCACCCUCGUGGGCUAACGAGAUUAGCGAAACAGUUGAAUUAUAA